AUGUCUGAAAACGCCGCCGUGAGCCUCACCGCCGGUAACCUCAACCCAUCAGCCCUAGAGUUCCGGCCCACUUACCCAGCCCAAUAUAACCUUCCAUUUUUCUCUCCACCCCAACCACCAUUUUCCCCCGAUUUCAUCUACCCAAUUAGCCCACAAGCAUACCUGAAUCCUUUAUUGUCAUCACCCGUUUAUCUUCCGCCGUUAAUUCCACCGCCGGCAUUUUCUCCAACAAGAGCAAUACUUCUAACAGCCGUCCCCCCUGACGUUAGUGAGUCUUUAGUGAGACGAGAAUUGGAAAUAUUCGGCGAUGUUAGAGCUGUUCAGAUGGAGAGAAUUUCGGAAGGAAUAUUGACCGUUCAUUUUCAUGAUCUAAGGGUAGCACAUGCAGUACUCAAUGCCGUACGUGAUCUACACAUGCAACACCAGUACCGCCUCCGUAUUUAUUAUAAUUCCUUUUUGGCGCCAAAUAUUUCCGGCCCACCUCCACCUCCUUCUUCCGCUCCUGGCCUCAUUUCAGGUCAACCCGUAUGGGCCCAGUUUAGUAUCCCUGUUGCUGACGCUUUUCCUGACUGUCAAAAUCAGGGUAGUCUAGUUAUUUUUAAUCUUAAUCCAACAGUUUCUACUCUUGCUCUUAAAGAAAUCUUCCAAGCUUUUGGUGAAGUUAAGGAAAUAAGGGAGACACCAAUGAAGAAAAAUCAAAGAUUUGUGGAGUUUUAUGAUGUUCGAGAUGCUUCUAGAGCUUUAACAGAAAUGAACGGGAAAGAAAUUUAUGGUCGAAGUGUGGUGAUUGAUUAUAGUAGACCAGGUGGACAUUAUAUGAUCAAGAAAUUUAAAUCAUCAUCUCCGAAUAAUCAGCGUCAAAGAAGUUUUCCAAGAAGUGAAGAUUCGGUUGAUAAUCAGACUGCAACGAAUAGCAAUGUGAAUAGAAAUGAGGAUGUUAGGAUUAAUGUUGGGAGUCUAAAGCAAAGACAAGACUCAUUAAGGAAAAGUAAAUCAUGGAAAGGGAAACAAAAGGAUUAUGAUCCGAGGUUUUUGAUUAAGGAAGAUGCAAUCAUUGAAGAAAGUGGAUUAUGUAAAGAUAUCAGGACUACUCUCAUGAUUAAGAACAUACCCAACAAGUAUAGUCAGAAGCUGUUGUUGAAUAUGUUAGACAAUCACUGCAUACACUGCAAUGAACAGAUCAUUACUACAGCUGCUAAUGGAGAUCAAGAUGAUAAUUUGCCAUUAUCUUCCUAUGAUUUUGUUUACCUCCCAAUGGAUUUUAGCAAUAAAUGUAAUGUGGGAUAUGGGUUUGUGAACAUGACAUCCCCAGAAGCUACAUUGAGGUUUUACAAAUCAUUUCAUCAUCAACGUUGGGAAACUUUGAAUUCUAGCAAGAUUUGUGAAGUCACUUAUGCUAGACUUCAGGGAGCAGAAGCACUGAAGGAGCAUUUCAAGAAGUCAAAAUUUGCGUGUGAGAACGACGAGUAUCUUCCGGUGGUAUUUUCCCCACCUCGAGACGGGCGGCAAUCACUUGCUCCGCUCCCCAUUGUGGUCACCAACAGCGGUAGCACAUCAUCAUCCAGAGUUCAUGAUCUUGGUUGCAUAGACAUUGAAAUGGACAUCUCCGAUAUUGCCUCUUCUACUACUUGUAUUAGUGACAUCAAUGGUGGGGAGGAGCAAAUUACUAGAAUCUUGGAGAAUAAUGAUCAUUAUGAUGAUCACGAUCAUGAUGAUGAUGAUGGCGGUGAUAGUACUCGAAAGAUGGAAGGGUGCAGUGAUAGUAGCAUGGGGUGUUAG